UGUUAGUUAUUGUAUCGAUUAGUCUCUAUGGCUCUAUGUAUUUAACUGUCAAAUGUCAAUUACAAAGUGUCUACUGUCUAUUGAUUCUGCAAACUAUCAACACCGUUCAUCAUUUCUAUACGUCUGUCAUUAAAAAAAAAACAAACUAAAUAAACAUUAAUUAAAUCUAUAUAGAAUAUAAAUACAAUUAAAAAAAAAAACUCUAAAAACUUAAGAUUUUAGAUUUGUAACAAAUACAUUACAAAGUUAAAAUAAUUACAUAAAUCCACUUAUUUUUUAUUUCAAUUUAAUUUUCUUGGCUAUAAGAGAUGUUAUAAAUUGCACAGUUUGCACUUCUGUUUCACAAUGACUAUGUCUGGUGAUGGUAUAGCUGGGGGCUCGCAAGUAGUCCUCGUCACAGGAGGGUAUGACCAUACUAUAAAGCUAUGGCAAGCACAUAGCGGCGUGUGCUUAAGAACGAUGCAACAUCCUGACUCGCAAGUCAACGAUUUAGAAAUUAACCCAAGUGGUCAAAUGGUAGCAGCAUGUGGUUAUCAGCAUAUAAGAAUGUAUGAUUUAGCUAGCGCCAACCCUGACCCUGUUAUGAACUUUGAGGGAGUCACAAAGAAUGUCUCCCGAGUUGGAUUUCAGGAGAAUGGCCAAUGGAUGUACACAGGUGGAGAAGAUUGCACCGCCAGAAUAUGGGAUUUAAGAGCUGGCCGACAAUUCCAGUGCCAGAGGAUAUUCCAAGUGCCUGCACCGGUGAAUGCAGUGGUAUUACAUCCAGACCAGUCACAGAUUAUGGUUGGGGGCCAGACUGGGAUUAUACACAUAUGGGAUCUCAAGACUGAUCAUAACGAACAACUUAUACCAGAAGCAGAAGCGUCCAUCCAGGACAUAGCAAUCGACCCGUCCGGGCGGCUGAUGGCGGCGGUGAACAACAAGGGUAGCUGCUACGUGUGGGCGCUGGAGGGCACUCCCGCCCGCCCCGUACCGCGCAAGCACCUCGUCGCGCAUCAUAAGUACGCGCUGCGGUGCAAGUUCAGCGCGGACUCCUCUAUGCUAGUGACGACGUCCGGUGACUGCUCGGCGCGGGUGUGGCGCACCCGCGACUGGUCGCUGGCGCGCGAGCUGCGCCACGACACCCAGCGCUGGGUGUGGGACGCGGCCUUCACUAUCGACUCGCGGUAUUUGUUCACAGGUUCUUCGGACAGCUACGCGCGGUUGUGGGAUCUCGAAAAAGGAACUCUGGAGAGAGAGUACUGCGGUCAUCAGAAACCUAUCACAGCUCUUGCUUUUCGCGAUCAACCUGUUUAAAUAUUAUUUAAACCUUAAUCAUAGGUACCUCAGUUGAAUGUUGAACCUGCGAAAUAGAAAAAUUUGCCGUAUUUGUAAUAAUUUUGUAUUGUUGGGUUUACGAAAUUGUUAAAUAUAACAUACUAUAACAUGUACCCUUGGUUUCUAUGUGAAAAAAAUUUUAUUGGUUAUUUAAUUUGACAGAAUUAUACGAGUACUGACGUUGUUGUUUAUGGAAACUGAAACGUUGUUGGUUUUAAAUAAAAUGAAAUGAAGUUGUGUUCAUAUUAUUAACCAAUAAAAAAUACGAUCAUUACUUUGUGUAAAGGAUCGUCACUACUAGGUUAAGAAAACUCAGUCUAGAUUACAUUGACGUUUUGUUCUUGCAUUUAUUGUAUAAAUAUUUCUAUCUAAUGUAAAUACCUACCGUUUUUGUAAUGAAGAAUAUCUUGACAUA